AUGGACAUUGAUAUGUACAAAUUCCUGAAGUUAUUCCAAUCAUCCGAACUGCGUGACAUGUCGUACCAAAGCAACUGGAAGAUUCCCGCCAGGUAUCGUAAAAUUCAUGGGCUUGAUGGUUCUGAGUACAUUGUGGGUAUCAAGGUUUCCAAAGAUCCUCUAUUCCAGAUAGUGGUAACAAACACUAAGGACCGUAUUUAUCUUCAUGUUUGUAAGGAGAGAGAGGACUUUAAGCAGAUGCUUGCUUUGAACAACAUAUUAAGUACGGAUAAAGAUACUGUUGAUCAAGUUCUCGGACAGUUUUUUGCUAUACAAGAAGCGAUAUCGAGCGAAUCUUUGUUCAUAUCCUUGGUGAAGGAACAACUGUUGGAAAUAAGGUUCAAAGAAUUCCAUUUCUCAGUGAGACUACACGAAUUGACAUCAAAUGACGAUAAGCUUCCAAUAAUGGAACAACUGAUGCACAAAUUUGCUGACUUUUCACUUCUACAAAGUAUGAUUUUGAUGAAGAAUCAGGCCGAGAUCGACAAUAAAAACCAAAUCAUAAUGAAACUUUUGAUUAACCAGAUUCACAAUUCUUCGACGGUUAUGGGACUAGAGAGUAACCAUGAACUAACAGAGGAUGAGAUAUACAACCAUGAGGUAGUGAAUUCCGUGCUUUUGAGGAACAGUGGAUUAAGAAAGUCGUUAAGUAGUACUGCUAGUCAGAUCAGACAGCGAACAAUAGAGAAUUAUAAAGAGAAUGAAGAAGACUACUCUCACAACUCAUUAAAUACGCUCUUUAAUAGAGAGUUUGAUCCGCAGUGGAGUGUACUUUCUGGUGGUGCAUUUUCAUCUCAUGUGAACUCGGAUGCAUCAUAUACUAGAGUGGCUACUUCUUCUAAUCGGCGAAAGAUGGCCAAAAUGGAGAUAAAACAAGAGACAGAGAGACGAAACGAGGACAAGACUCCUACGAUGAGUACAUUCCAAUACCUACUAAGCAGAAAGAGAAAGAGAAGAGGCAACAAUAAUUCAUCGAUUAAAUAUCCAAAGCGCUAG